GUAUGUGUGUGUGUUUUUUGUGAGCACAGAGACACAGGGCUGUGUGAUUCCAGCCGCGCCGCUGAGGAGCCUAUCAAACAGCACCCAAAUCCCCCUGGCCUGCCCGGCACUGAGAAGAGCGAGAGACAGAGAGGGACAGACAGAGAGAGAGAGAGAGAGAGAGAGAGAGAGACAGCCAGCCAGACAGAAGAGCGAGAGGGGCAGGGCAAGCCCUUUAUUUAACACGCGGGGGUUUCUACUUGCUCAUUCAUCGGGGGAGAGUGUCCACGGCAGCAGGAGCCCCAUCACCAGUGACAGUGGCAGCAGCAGCAGCAGCAGCACAGAAGAAGAGAGAAGGAGAAGAGGGGGGAGGUGUAGACAGCACAGUGCAAGCCCCAGCUGAAGAAGAAUAGCAUCCCUAUCCCAACCCUGCUGCUUGCCUUUCUUUUUUCUCUCUCUCUCUCUCUCUCCUCCUCCUCCUUCCUCAUUGUUUUUCCUCUUUCUAUUUUUUCCUCCUCCUUGCUGCUGAUUCAGUGGUGGCUAUUGGAGACGGCAGGCAGAGCGUAGAGAAUUUUUGUCCUCCUUCCUCCUCCCUUCUCCAUCUCUUUUCUUAAGAGUCCUUUCUCUUCAUUUUAUUUUUUUUCUCGAGUCCUUAUUGGAUUUUCGCCCAGUUGCCCGGCUCGGUUCGGGUGAAACGAGGGAGCCUCUCUUUUUUCCUGGAAUCAGUUGGUGGCGGUCGGCAGUUGGCGGCGUUGUUGUUGUUGUAGUAGCAGUAGCAUCAGCUGAGUCAUCAUCAUGUCCGACCUGACGCCACAGAGCGACGCCCCAACCCCCACCACCGACAAGAUCACGCAAGCGGCCCGCGAGACCAUUUACCUCUGCAACUUCCGUGUGUCAGUGGACGGGGAAUGGCUGUGUCUGCGCGAGCUCAACGACAUCUCCCUCACCCCAGACCCCGAGCCUGCCCACGAAGACCCAAAAGACCCGAUCGCCAUCGAGCGGCUGAACCUGAUGAACAUGGCCAAGCUGAGCAUCAAGGGCUUGAUUGAGUCAGCGCUCAACCUGGGCCGCACGCUGGACUCCGACUACGCCCCGCUCCAGCAGUUUUUCGUGGUGAUGGAACACUGCCUCAAGCACGGCCUCAAAAGUAAGAAGACCUUCCUGGGUCAGAACAAGUCAUUUUGGGGUCCGCUGGAGUUGGUGGAGAAGCUCACACCAGAAGCUGGAGAAAUCACAGCCAGUGUUAAGGAUUUACCUGGCCUAAAAACUCCUUUGGGCCGGGGACGGGCUUGGCUUCGGCUGGCCCUGAUGCAGAAGAAGCUGUCAGACUACAUGAAGACCAUCAUCAACAGGAAGGACCUGCUGAGUGAGUUCUACGAGGCGAAUGCUCUCAUGAUGGAGGAGGAGGGAGCGGUGAUCGCCGGUCUGCUGGUGGGCUUGAACGUCAUCGACGCUAACCUCUGCAUGAAGGGAGAAGACCUCGACUCCCAGGUGGGGGUUAUAGAUUUCUCCAUGUACCUGAAGGACGGAGGACACAGCAGCAAGACUGCAGAAGGGGAUGGACAGAUAACGGCCAUCUUAGACCAGAAGAAUUACGUGGAGGAGCUGAACAGACACCUGAGCGCGUCAGUCAACAACCUCCAGGCCAAGGUGGACGCGCUGGAGAAGUCCAACUCCAAACUCACAGAAGAGUUGGCAGUGGCUAAUAAUCGCGUAAUCACUUUGCAAGAGGAAGUGGAGCAGAUUAAAUGCGAUGGAUCCUAUCCCACAGACAAGGUGCCCAGAGCAGACGGCAGUGCCGACGGACAGGUGCUGGGAGAGGCUCGCAAGCAGCUGAAGGAGGAAACCCAGCUACGAUUGGACGUGGAGCGGGAGCUGGAGGUGCAGAUUGGCAUGAAGCAGGAGAUGGAGCUGUCCAUGAAGAUGCUGGAGAAGGACAUCUGCGAGAAGCACGACGCCCUGGUGGAGCUACGCCAGCAGCUGGACGACCUGCGCACGCUCAACCACGAGCUGCAGCACAAGUCGCAGAGUGCGGAAUCCAGCUCCAAACAGAAGGGUGAGGUCAUCGGCCGUCUGGAGGAGAAGACCAACCAGAUGGCCAACACCAUCAAACAGCUGGAGUCCAGGUUCAAGCAGGCUGAGCGGCAGAGGGACCUGGCGGAGGAGGCGAACAGGCUCUUCAAACAGGAGUUUGGGGACAAGAUCGAGAGCCUGCAGCACGAGGUGGAACAGCUGAUGAGGCAGAAGUCCGGCCUGGAGGGGGAGCUGAAGAAACAGCGGCGUGGGGGCGCGGGUGGGGCCCAGCACCUGGACCCUGGCUCUGAGGAGAGGAAGAGCGUGCCACCCUCGCCAAAGGACAACAGCAGGCAGCAGCAGGUGGACGAUAUCAGGAAGGAGCUGGAGGCUGUGAAGAAAGAGAACGAGUCUCUUCGAACCGUGCUGGAGGAGAAGACUAGCCUCAGUUCAAGCCUGUCCCUGUCACAAACUGAGGAGGAGGAGGAUGGCCAGGAUCAGGGCUUGCUCGAGGACCUUGAGCCCUUUGUCUGCACAAUUUGUGAGAAAGAAGACUCCUUGACCCGGACCAAGAAGCAGUGCAAGAACUGCAAAGGGCUCUUCUGUGACGGCUGUGUGGCCAACGAGCUGCCCCUGCCCUCCUCCAUCAACCCAGAGCAGGUGUGUGACAACUGCUACUCCCAGCUCCUGCAACAGUACGCAUCAAGCCCCACCUGAGGCCCUGCUGCGCCACACACACGCACACGCAUACGCACACGCACACACACACACAAUCCAUCAUUCCGAACAUCACGGAAAGAUGGAUGUCUGACUCUCCAGGUGGGACUUUUGGAAUGAUACAUUUUCUCUUUCUCCAAAAUAACUUAAAACCAAAAAGCAUUUAAAUCAUUGGAAGAACUUCUUGGUCUAAUGAUGUGUAAUGUUUUACAGUCACAUUUUGUUUCUGGAAAGGGAUAAUGUUGUUUUUAAAUGCUAUGUGCCUGUGAUAAGCCUUUGGGAAAGUAGUAUUGUGCAGGCGGCACGCAUUCAUAUCUGCAUCGCAUUAGUUGUAUCAUGUCCCGAUGAGUGAUUGUUGUCCACCAAGUGGAUAUUCUUCAGUUCUUGAAUUGUAUUACUUGAAUUGUGUAUCAAACAGUUACUUUUGAAGCCCUUUAUCUUUAUGCCUGCACUUCAAUUUUCUUAAUAGUUAGCCGAUAUACUUCAUGGUUAGCUUGACUAACAACAUGGCAAUUAUUGUAACUAGAAAAUGGCUGAGCUGAUUGUGCAGAAAAAAAACAUGCCUUUUUCUCCUUAAAAAGAGGAGUGGCAAUGUACAGUAAGUGUCUCUAUGGUUGGCUGUGAUGGCAUGAACCAGUAACAGAAUCACUACAUCUCAGCCUGUACAGGGCUUAUGAUUUAGUCAUGAACUAUUGGCAGCAUGGAGGAUCAUUAACUCCAGCACAUUCAAAAAAAGGACUUGUAAGGCUCUGUUAUUAUGAGGCUGAAUGACAAGUUGUAUUAUUUUACUUGAUGUUUUAAUAAAAAUUUUAAAAAUCUUGAAAUGGUCCAUGCAGUCACAUGGG